AUGUAUAGCCUCUAUGUCGAAGUAGAAUCCGGUUCCAGGGGAAGGAAAGCAGCAGCAAUAAAUUAUGGCCUACAAAUAGGUCUCAGUCAAACCCCCAUUGGCAGUUCUUCUCUUCGUAAAAUCCUCAUGUCAACCAACACCCCACCUCCAGCCGAGUCUUCUCUACAAAAAACAAGCAACACCAUUAUGCAAAAAGUAAUCACCUUAAACAAGUCUGAUAUGAAAAAAAGAUGUAAGAAAUUAGUUGAUAUUAAUAAAUUGAGGGGGGCCAAAAGUCCAAAAACCAUAGGAAUUCAGUGCGACGGGAUGUAUAAUAACCCCCUAUAUUCUGGGGUAGGGGAAACCCCCUUCCAGCCAGCUACACAAACCGUCUUCUCAAUUGCAGAGAAUGUGACCAGUAGUCACGAAAUAAUAUCUUUAGUAACUAAAAACAAAAUAUGCCCCAAAGGACAACAUCUCAAGAACAAUCCCAGUCAUGUGUGCACUGAGCAGACAUGUGGGGCGAAUAUACCUAUGGCCAAAAACAUCGGUGAUGAAUUCACCUGGGCCAAGGAAGGCAUGGAAGACCUUCUCAAGAAUGAUUUAUGUGUCAAGGACAUAACAUCAGAUCCUGACAGCACGAUAUACAAGGCCGCAGAGUCUUUGCAUGCUGAAGGCAAGCUGCAGGACAAACCGAGACAUUUUCUCGACACACGGCAUCUUGCCGAAAAUGUCAGAAAGGCCAUCAAAAAAGACCAAUCUGUACAGAAAAUCAUGCCCAGAAAUUCAAAAGCAGAGAUAAAUAAACUACUACAUAACUUUGCCAUAGAUUUUACAGACAGGUGCACUGGUGAAAUAAACCAGGCACAAAUAAAGUGUACAGGUCAUGCGGGCAAAAUUAAGAAGCAGCUCUCUUAUGCAAGUUAUGCUAUAAUUUGUUGCUACAUGGGUGAACAUGCCUUAUGCAAAAAACACUCUUUAGUCUGCAAGGGUGGUAAGAAGAAUUGGCUUAGUAAAAGUGCUUACCUUGAUGAAAACUUCAGAAUUCCUUACUCCAGGGCCAAUGCAAGGAUUCUUAGAGCCUGUGUCAAUAAACGGCUUGCUCCGUCAGUGCUAGACAAAUCCAUUCUAAAUAGCAAUACACAGAAAGUGGAGAGCUUUAAUCGACGUCUAAGGCGUUCACUACCCAAGAAUGUCAGGCAAUUCUGGUGUUUUUCCAUCUACAAGUCAAACUCUCCUACAUCUCACAGUCACAGUUUCGAAUCCCAUUAA